UGCAAUAUGUGAUUCGUUUUAUAGAAAUAUAUUGGUUUUUUAUCUAGUGACAUUAGACAAUUAUUCAUAACCGUACAAAAACGUUUUUUAUAAUGUUACAGCAAGAGCUAACGAAAAAUAUCGUUGUUUACAUAGAAGAAACCUCGUGUUCGGGGGUGAUAAUGUGCCACUUGCGUGAUAAAUAGCUCACCUAACAUGCAAGACAAUAACAAAGAGGGUGAUAGGCCAAAAAUUGCACCGAAACCUACCAUACCCUCGAAACCACGAUUCGUCCCACCUGUAAAAAUACAACAGAGAACUAUUCAAGAUGGAAAAUCUCCCAAUAGCAACAUUCCUCAACGAACAACUAUCAGUGAGCCUAGAGUAUUUAAAGAAUUUUCUAGUACGAGGGACUUUCGAAGUGUUUCCCAAACCCAGGAAAAAAUCGACUACAGGGAGGUGUACACCUCAGAAAAAAGCAGUUAUAUUAGUGAAACUAAACAACUCGGUAUUGAUACUAACGUAAAAUACGACGAAUACUCGUCAACAUAUAUUAGCGAAAAAUGUGAUAAACUUAGUACUAAUUUUGAAUGUAAGAAAUUAGAAGAUAUACCCAUCAAAACACCCCAUUCCCCAAGUACGGUUUGCUGCAGCAUCCUGUCCAACGCUACCACAGACUGCUGCGGGAUGAUAAAUCUAAAUAAAAAAGAAUUGGCUGAAAAAACGAUGACAAAAAUAGAUUCUCUAGACUCGAAUUCGUCCGAUUCUGGAGGUUUCAAGGAUUUUGUUCAAUUCGAUAUCAACAAGAAAUUAUCACCAGAAAAAGAUAUGAAACUGGAAUCACACCAAACGCACAUGAGGAAAGUAUCUCAACCAGAGUAUAUCCAAAAGAAGAUACCAGACAGCAAGCCUUAUUGCCAUCAAAGAAUGCCAUCGCAACCCGACUACAUGUCUGCCGAAGUUAGACAAUCUUUUGCACAAAAUAAAAGCAACUACGUAGCCAACGCACAAGCCUUAGCGCAAUUUUUGCCGCAGACUGAACAGAAGUUGCUUCAGCACAAACAGCAGCAGCAGCUGAACAAGGAACGAGCAGAAGAAGAUUUUCGUCAGCAGAUAGCCAAGUUCAGUGUAACCCCUAAUCAGUCGACAGAUGAAUCGAAGAAACCUCCGAAACCUGUUAUGAAACAUGGUCAAUUCCAAGAAUCAACGAAAAAAAUUGAAGAACUUCUGUCGCAGAGAUUGGAGAAAGAUAAAAUUUUGAAGAGAGGCCAGAGCUGUUUGGUUGAGGGAGAAUCAAGCCAAGAUGUUGAACAGAAGAUGAUGGUUCAGAAACAAAUACAGCAGAAAUUACAAGCCGAUCUACAACAAACAGUUAAACAUAUUCAGGAGAUACAGAGCAUUGAACUGCGGCUGCCACAGAAUCGGAAAUGGACUGAGAGCAAUAGGAGCCAACCUGCCAUAGGUUUGAAACAUACCCCGAAAUCAAGGGUGGUGGCAAUUUCGUAUAACCUCAAACCUGUUAAGUAA